AUGAAGGUGUGGAAUGAGAGGUUUUUCAAUUUACUUGUUCUCCCAACAGUUGCUCGUUUCCCCUUUUUACUUGUGAUAAUUGUUUUGGCUUAUUUCUUUCUUUCAGCUGCCGAAAGGAAACCACCACAAAAAGGUCAUGCAAAGAAAACCAUUGCGACCAAAGAUGCAGUCGAAGAAGAAGCACCUACAAAACCAACAACAACAACAACAACAAAAGAGUUAUAUUUCGAAAGUCAAAAACCACCACCAACAUCAAAGAAACGAAAACUCAAGAACCCCAAGUUCCAGUGGUCGAAUCAGACGAUGGUUCAACCCAAAAAACCUGCUAUUCCAAAGGUGCUCGAGGUUGAUCCUGAGCCUGCUACUAAAACUACCCCUGAACGGCUUGAGAGCGAUAACUCCAGCUCCGAAGCUGAAGGUCAUAAGGGUGACGCGGAAGGUAUUGGGCAAUCAAGUGUCAAACAAAUUAUUCCUGUAAGUAGCAGUAACCCCUCGUACCAUCCUACCAGCACUCAUUUGUAUCAUCUUACCAUCACUCCUUCGUAUCAUCUUACGUCCACUAAAGAUUCAACAAAGGGAUUUACAGGGGAGAUUAGCAAGCCUGCUGAAGAACAACAAGAAGUUUCACCACAAAAAACUACCACCCAACAUUCUCAAACAACCGACUCUGAUCGAGAUGAAGAAGAAGAACAUCCCACCAUUGAAGUCCAAGAAGACGUGAAUAUGCAAGAUGCAGAGGAAGAUAUCCAAGACAAAUCGAAUGAUGCUUCGCCAGACAUUCUUGACCAAGUUAAAGAUGUCCCAGAUGAUGAGGAAGAACAAGAUGAAGAUCGUUCUAUGUUCGACAUCCCUCCAAUUGAUAAUCAAAACGAACAAUAA